AUGCUGUGGUUACAUGGGACGCGGCUUUUACAUUUUAAAUAUGCGUGGAAACAAGUGUUCCCACAAAAGAAACCAUUCCCAGUCUCCAAUACAAUUAUAAGUGAUCGUUAUUUCGUGCUUCUUCGUGCAUCAUUACAUCAGUUUAAUAAUGAAUCUUACGAGGGCUAUCUACAGCGUAUAUUUAAAAUUAUUGAUGGACAUACAUCACCAGAAGAUAAACUUAAAACGAAGUUGCAUGCCUGUUUAUCACACAUGAUGAUGUAUUUUCGAAAAAAACUGGUGAAUAAAUUAGUUAUUGCUGAAUUACGUGAGAUUGCUAUGUGGUGUUUAUCUUUGCUUGUGAAUACCUCAAUAUGGAAUGAAAUGUUAGAAAACUGGCGAUUAAUAUGCAUUGUAUUCAUUAAUUAUUUUUCGACAUCAUUUCCAUCCACUACAUUUAAAUUAUUAGCAACUAAAAUUAUGAAUUUGAAACGUGUUAAUCCAUCAUUUCAUCUUUUAAUGGAAGAAAGCAAAAACACAAAUGGAAUAACACAACAAAAUGAAGAAGUUGAAAGAGGAACAACAAGAAAUAAAUCGAAUAAAGAUACUGAUCCACAUGACUUUGAUGAUGACGUUAAUAUAAAUGCUGGUGAAACAGAAGAAAUCUUGCGAAAAACGAAGAAUUAUAAUGAUCAUAUAUAUGCCAUAUUUAAUGAACAAACACAGUUAGAAACCAUUAAUUCCGGAUAUAGUACCAGGUUUUUAAAAUAUUUAUUAAAAUGGUAUAUGCCAUCAGUCAUAUUGUGGUCUGAUUUAUUAAUUAAACCAAAUGUUCAACAGUCAAAUGCACAAUCGGAAUGGGCAAUGAGUAUUGCUAAAAUUGUUCAUCUUGGUGGUCUUGUACACGGAAGACUAGAUGCUGUGUUAGAUAAUUGA